CAAUACCAUCCCAAAGAGAAGGUGCCUGUUCCCAACCCUGAUGUCUGAGCCAGACCCAGUACCUCUCUCUGAUCCAGCAGAGACCAGCGAGCCCCAGCAGAAGGCAGGAAUCUUCAACCCACCUGCCACAAAGCGACUGAAGAGGACCAGAAAGUUGGAGCCAGCCCCAGGCCUUUUCUCUGAGCCACCAGAGAGCAUGAAGUCAAAGGAAAUGGAGAUCCCAGGUCCACCUGCCACAAAGAGACUGAAGAGGACCAGGAAGUUGGAGCCAACUCCAGCCCCUCUCUCUGAACCUCCAGACACCAGCAAGUCAAAGAAGAAGAAAAUAAUCCCUGGCCCACCUGCCAGUCAGCAAGUGAAGAGAUCCAGAUGUCCUCCCAGCCCCUGGACCCCUAACCUAGUGGAGAUUAGACGUAGGACACCUACAGCCAGACCUCCUACCUGUGAGAUAGGUGUAACUACGUUUACCUUGAGAUCGAAGGUAGCGACAGGCCCUACCUUGAAGUCAGGUGUAGUCACAUCCCCAUCUAGCGGUGAAGCCUUUUCCACAUCCCCUGAGAGGAAGAAGAACAGGAAGAGGGCCAAGUGCAUUGGUGCGGCCGUUCCCGCCCCCCCUGAGAGGAAGAUGAAGAAGAGGGCGAGGUGCUGCCCUGUCCCGCUGAACAACCCCUUGUCUGUCUGUCGGUCGCAGAGGGCCACCCAGGGCAGGAAGGCCUGUGUGUGGUGUAAACAGGAGAAAGAGUGGAUGAAGACCAUCUGGCAGUGUGAGGCCUGUCAGGUGGCCCUCUGUCUCAUACCGGGCAGAAACUGCUUCAGGGCCUGGCACAAGACUCACAAGUGGAACGAGGAAGUCAUCUUCAGUCUGUUUUCUUAAAUGUUGUCAAAUAUGUGGGUCUGGAGCCUCAGCAUGAGAUAUUAAUGGUUUGUGGUCAAAAAAGCCCACUUUCAGUUCCUAGUUCAUAUGGUUUUAGUAUAAUUCAGGCAUACAUGCAUUAAAUAAGAAAUAUUUCCUUUGUGGGUGUUUUUGCAAGAAAAGGAAGUUGAAAAGUUUGCUACAUUUUCUUAAAAGCCCUUUUCCUCAUGUUGUUUAAGUUGACAUAUUAAAUACAUUGUU